GAGGCUCUCGAAGUUCUGCGUACGACGCCCAGCACGGUCGAGCUGGUGUGUGUCGGCUUCCUGGAGAUUAAUGUCACACCACCCGGUGCACCGCCACCACCCCCAGCAAGGCGAGAGCCGCCACCACCGUUACGUUUACUCAACCCUCUACCGCCUUUGCAGAUCGAACCCUGCGGUGAGUUUGACAUCGAGAUGACAAAGGUCGGUGGCAGCCUUGGUUUUACCCUCAGAAAGGCGGACAGCAGUGCCUUGGGUCACUAUGUACGUGCACUAGUUCGAGAACCAGCGCUCAGCGACGGCAGAAUCCGACCGGGUGACAAAAUCGUCGCGGUGGAUGGUGCACCGCUAUCGCCGAUGAGCCACGAGGAAGCGGUCCAGCUGCUACGACAAUGCGGGCCGACGGUAAAACUGCGGCUGUACCGAGAUCUGGCGCAGACUCCUGUCUCAGCGCUCUCGCCUACCGAACCCGACCAUCCUCUCCGUCCGCCACGAACGAGCUUGAGACAAGAAGCUGUGGAUAUGUUGUGUGACUUGGCAGUCCGGAAGCUGUCGCCCGGUACAUCGAGCGGAUCCAGUAGUUGCAAGCAACAGUCACCUGGUGCAUCAUGCAAUUCGCCCCGAAGGCUACGUCGACUUGGCACGCGUACUCCCACUGCCGAAACCGAUCAAGAAACUCCCGAGAGCAAACUGCAAACGACGUCGUCGACGGCCAGCCAAGCGGAGACCACGUCAGACUCGGACCAGUGCUCCGUCAGGACGCAAAUCACCAUUCCCAGGCGAACACACCUGCGACCGACAUAA